UUGGCAGUUGCAAAUGCUUACUCGAACGUUGAGCUUAUGGAUUGAUGAUACACAAGCCGUGUUAACUAGUCUUUCCCAUCACUCAGAGCGCCUGCUAACGUUAACACAGAAAGCACAGUCAUUGUUUCCUUGUCACUCCUUCAGUGCAGACGGUGAUUUUCUUAGGAGAGAUUCCUCACUUGUCUUGAAUUAAAUAGCAGUAUGGAGAAUGACUGGCUAUCCGAAGAUGAAAACGAUCCAAAGUAUGAAGCCUUAAGAGAAUUUGUCCUUGAGACUUUCGGGAAGUUCAGUCGUAAAAUAAGAGAAGUUGGUAUUAAGCUUGAAAACCUUGAAAAAAAAUUGGACUCAGGAACAGAAUGUGCCAAGUUCGAAGCUGAUUUGGACCAGAUUCAUAAGAAAAUUGAUAAAGAGGUGAAGCCUGAAUUUGAAAACGCACUUUCCUUCCAAAUUAGUCAAGUGAACUCGAGAAUAGACGAGUUAGAAAUGGCUCUAGUAAAUCCUAAAAAGAGAAAAAUGAUAGACACUGAAGAAUUUGAAGAAGAGGAAACAGAAGCUAAGAUCGCGACAUCUGUGGAAGAAUUAAAUGAAAACAUAAGAAAAGAAGUCGCGGAAGUGUUCAAGAGCAUCGAAAGGAGCUACCGCAAAGAACAGGAAAAAGUUUCGAAGUUACAGCUAGCGUACAUUCAUUACUGGCUGGGAUUGCAGGAAACCAUUUCUCCAACAAAAAUGGUAGACAUCCAAAAUUUGAUAAAAGAUGGUGUGGAGGAUCGCAUAUGGAGCGAGGGAUGGAAGCCAGACGUUCGAGGGGAUUUCACCAACUAUUUACAGGACAAAGUAAAGAAAAUAGUCAAGAAGAAAAGAGCAAUCAACGAAAGAACAAAGCUCCAGCAAGAGCUAGACAACUUGGUUGGGAAUGAUUUGCAAUAA